AUGGUGAUGUCCCAGGGCACCUACACGUUCCUGGCCUGCUUCGCGGGGUUCUGGCUGGUGUGGGCACUCGUGGUCAUGCUGUGCUGCUUCUGCAGCUUCCUCCAGCGCAGGCUGAAGCGGCAGCGUGAGGAGAGGCUCCGGGAGCACUGCCUGCACUCGCUCCAGAUGGAGCCCCUCCCCCACAGAGAGCCCCCGCGCUUCUGCCCCCCGCACCUGCCCCUGCCCACCGCCUGGAGCAGCACGCAAGGUACCGUCCGCCUGUCUGCCCUCGACGCUUUUGGAAAGCCCCCGUGCUACGAGGAGGCGGUGUUGAUGGAGGACCCCCCCCCACCCUACAGCGAGGUCCUGGGGGAGCCCCGGGGGGGCAUGUACACCAAGCCCGCUCCCGGGACGUCCCGCAAGCUGGCGGACCCCGAGCCCAGCAAGCCGGCGCUGGCCAAGCGGCCCGUCCCCUCGCUGAUCCGCCUGCCCAGCGAGGAGCCCUGGGACCCGCUCGGCCGCCUGCUGUCCGCCAUGGACCUGCACCGCCACAACCUGCCCCCCCACGCCGCCCCGCCCGCCCCCCUCAGCCCCCGCGCCGGCCGGGGCAGGACACACUCAGACCUGGGGCUGGAGGCCCCCUGGCCCCUCCCCACGGCCUUCCCCGAGGCCCCCUGGCCCCUCCCCACGGCCUUCCCCGAGGCCCCCUGGCCCCUCCCCACGGCCUUCCCCCUGCUCGGCCGCAGCACAGCUGUCUGA